GAAGGAAAGAAAGAAAGAAUAAAGAGAGAGAGAUAAUCGCCUAACUUGAGAAGCUUCCAGGGAGGCACCCACCCAGAGUCAGAAAAAUCACGCAUAUACUGCUUAGCUCUAUAUCUCUGAAGGUCAACAAGAAUAACAAUCAACUCCCACUGCUUUGCGUCUUCCAUGGCCUUCCCUCUCUCCUUCCCUCCUCCCACUCUUCUUGGUCAAACGGCAACCCUCAUUCUUAUCCCUCCUUUUUUCUACUUCUCUUCUCUGUCUAACCUACAGACCACAAGCUUAACGGCUUGUUGAAGGAGUAGUGGUGGUGUCGUUUUUUCCUUUUGCUUUUCUACUAUUAUUAGUUUCAAUCAGGCUAAGGAGGGGGUUGGGAGUUGCCUUACCCCGAAUACAAACACACCCACUUGCCAUUUUCCAUACAUUUUUGUAUUGCUUGAUUUUGAUUUGUCAUUUGGUGUAGAUCCAGCUAAAAUCAGAGAUCAUGGAUUUGCUGCCAGAUAGAGAUGUAGUGUGUGAACAAGAGCAGGUCAUUAGAGGUAAGCAGCUUCCUUUCUCAUACUCAUCCUCACCCUCCCCAUCGUCGUCUUCUUCUCAGUACAGAAACCUUGUUCCCCACCCCAACGGAGGCGACCGAUGGGAUGCCCAAAUUCAACGGGGUUGGUUGGGUCACCAAGAAGACGGGAUGAGAUGUUUUGAGGGUGGAGCCGCCUCCAAACUUGAGCUCAUGGACACAUCGCCUACAAAUGAUGAGGAUGAUGUUGUUGAUGAUGAUGUCAGGCGGAGAGAUUCCCAAGCCCUAGAGAGAGAGCAUAUGUUUGAUAAGGUCGUGACCCCCAGCGAUGUCGGCAAGCUCAAUCGCCUUGUUAUUCCCAAGCAGCACGCUGAGAAGUAUUUCCCGCUUGAUUCCUCCGCAAACGAGAAGGGUCUUCUCCUGAAUUUCGAGGACCGAAGUGGGAAGCCAUGGCGAUUCAGAUAUUCCUAUUGGAAUAGCAGCCAGAGCUACGUCAUGACCAAAGGGUGGAGCCGCUUUGUUAAGGAGAAGAAGCUCGACGCCGGUGACAUAGUGUCAUUCCAGCGCGGCGUUGGAGAGUCCGGUAAGGAUCGAUUGUACAUCGAUUGGAGGCGCCGACCAGAUGCGCCGGAGCCCUCAUCUCUAGCGCACCACUUCUUCCACCGGUCAGUCCCAUGGAGUCCCUUGUUCCUGCAGGCUCCGGUAGCGGGAGGGGCCGUGUCAAUGGGGCGGCAGCAGGUGCAGCUGGCGCAGCCCAACUACAUGAGUCAUCUCGGUGGACGGAACCCCUACGGCAGUGGCGCAUACAGUUACAACAAUGCGGUAAACCCAUGCUCAGGUUCAGUUUUUUACCUUAGACCCACUGCCCCACAACAGGUUGGAAUGGUGCAAGUGCAACAAGGUGGGGUUGAGCCCAUGGUAUUCAACUCAGUGCCGGUGGUCCACGGGAAAGCUGCAGCCAAGCGGCUGAGGCUGUUUGGCGUAAACAUGGAGUGCCCAAUAUCGGAGUCGGAUGAAUGUGACAUAUUGUCCUCCACCUCCAUACCACAUGCGGCAGUGGCAUCUCAGCCUCCACACCUCUCUUCACCUUCUUCCCAUCAUCAUCCUCUCCAAUUAAGGCUCUAUAAUGGUACUCCACUGCCCACGCUGCCGACCAACUUGCUAAACAAAGGGAAGGAGUCAAUGUCCUUUGAUUUGGAUAUCUGAGAGCAGCAGAGAUAGAGGGAAUGCAAAGACUUGAGAAGAAGAAGGAGAAGGUGGUACGGUCACUAGGACAGCUAAUCGGUUAUGGUUGCCAUCAUGAAGGCCUCAGAAAGGGAACAAUGUGUCAGGUUCAGUGGCUGAAUAAAGAGGAUGGAGAUUAUGGAAUACCCGUGUUGGGAGUAGGUUGUUUUUCGUUGUACUACAGAAGUUAAUUUGGUUGAAGGUUUUUGGGUUCGUGGGGAUCGAAUUAGAGAUAGCUGCCCAUAUCAAACCCUCUUCUUUUAACUUGUGUAUAACACCAUAUAUAGAUAUUAAUAUAUAUCUGCAUAGAUCCAUCGUGCCCGUGAUUUCACGUUUUCCUUUUGUAGGGCCUCCAUGUAUCCAUACCUUGCUUAAUUUUCCACUGAGUUAGUUGGCGAAAUCUUUAUUCUCUCUAUUCUUUA